AUGAAGGCUUCCAUAUUAUUCAUGACCCUCCCCACCGCCGCCAUAGCCGCCGUGGUACGAAAUGAUCCUUCUCAGACCUGGACAGCCGAAACGCUCCCGAUUGCGUCCGAUGCCCCGCAACCACUGGUUGUUAAGAAGCAGCUUCUUGAGAGAAUCCGGAAUUCUUUACGCUUCAUAAGUGAGCAGACCCCAAGGACGCACCAUGGCUGGGCUUCCAAAUUCUCCUCUGGAGUCGUGGCCCAUGAGAAAGAAAUCUCGCAAAGCCCGCUGCAGCAGGCCCCAGGUACAUCCGAGCCCAUGGAUAGCCCCUGGUGGGACGGGUGCCCGUUUAGUCCGGACCCUCUGCCGGGCAGGUUGCACGUCGUCUCGUAA